AUGCCACAGCCAUCUAAAUUGGACAUUUUGGAUUCUCGUUUGUCGCCAGAGGACACUUUUACCUUUCAUAAUGAAUUGCACAAGCAGCAGGAACAGAAACAAGAAUAUUGGAAAUUUGAAAUUGUGCCAGAUUUUUUUAAGCAGUCAGACUCGGAAACAGACGAAACCACUUUCAACUACUUGAAAGAAAGUUUCGGGAGAGUCAAGUCCUGGAAGGACGUUUUUGAUGGUUUAGGCGGGCUAAAUGAAACUGCAGAAUCGAACGUAUGCUACAAGGUGUUUUUUUUAGCUAGGCACGGUCAAGGAUAUCACAACUUAGCGCACGAUAAAUACGGCAAUGAUGCGUGGAAUGACUACUGGUCUAAAAUAAAUGGAGACGGUGAGAUUGUAUGGGGUCCAGAUCCAGAAUUGACCGAGUUGGGACAGAACCAAGCAAAAGAAAACUAUAAGCAGUGGCAGAUCGAGCUCAAAGAUGGAUGUAGAUUGCCCACCAAAUGGUUUGUUUCACCAUUAUCCAGGUCUAUAGAUACCCUUACCAUGACGUGGGAAAAUAUUACGAAAUUGGGGGAAGCUCGCCCGUUGAUCAAGGAAAAUAUUAGAGAAACUAUUGGUGUCCAUACAUGUGACAUGAGGUCGACCCGAAGUAUAAUAGAUUCGAAAUACUCUCCGAAGGGCUAUGUAAUUGAACCGGGUUUUGCAGAAAAGGACAUCUACUUCAAAAAGGAUUAUCGUGAAACUGUCCGGGAACAUGCCUUGCGUAUCAACGAGUUUUUCCAGGAGGUUUUUACCGUAAAAGAUGAUAUUAUAUGUGUUACAAGCCACUCCGGUUCUAUCAGAGCAUCGUUAUUAGUGUUGGGCCAUAGACAAUUUAGUGUUGGCACCGGUGGCAUGAUUCCAGUCUUUGUGAAGGGAACUAAAAUAGUCAAUAAAUAG